AGCCCGGCGCUCAGCAUGCACCUGGUCAAGAGCCACCGCCUCCAGGAUGGCAUAGUAAAUCCAACAAUAAGAAAAGAUUUGAAAACCACACCAAAAUUCUACUAUUGUCCAAUUGAAGGAUGCCCUAGAGGUCCCAACAGACCAUUUUCUCAGUUUUCUCUCGUAAAACAGCACUUUAUGAAAAUGCAUGCGGAGAAGAAGCAUAAAUGCAGCAAGUGCAGCAAUUCCUAUGGUACCGAGUGGGACUUGAAAAGGCACACGGAGGACUGUGGCAAGACCUUCCAGUGCACAUGCGGCUGUCCCUAUGCCAGCAGAACGGCAUUACAGUCUCACAUCUACCAAACUGCAGAGAUUCCUGCAGAACACAGGGAUCCACCUAGUAAAAAAAGGAAAAUGGAAAACUAUCUACAAAACCAGAAGUUAUCUAAUAAGACCAUGGAACCAUUGAGCACUCAACCCCCUCCUCGACCAGAUCCUCAAGAACUAGAAACUUCAGAAAUAAAACUAGUAAAUUUUUUUGAAGAUUCUUGCAGCUCUAAUGCCAGAAAACAGAGUGUCACAACACCUCCUAGAUAUCCUCAGAAGUUGCUUCUACCAAAGCCCAAAGUGGCUUUGGUUAAACUUCCGGUCAUGCAGUUCUCUUCUGUGCCUGUCUUCGUGCCUACGGCCAGCGCUGACUCUUCGGCCCAGCCGGUGGUGUUAGGUAUGGAUCAGGGCUCCACUGCAGGUGCUGUGCACUUAGUGCCCUUGUCAGUAGGAACCCUGAUCCUUGGCCUAGAGUCAGAGGCUUGUUCUCUUAAGGAGAGCCUACCUCUUUCAAAAAUUAUAAAUCCUGUUGUUGAGCCAGUUAGUACCGGUGUUCAAGUGAACUUGGGUAAAAAAUCUUCUAAUCCUUUACAAGAACUAGGGAACACGUAGAAGAACAGCAUUUCUUCAAUCAAUGUACAGACGGAUCUGUCCUAUGCCUCACAAAACUUCCUACCUUCUGCACAGUGGGUUGGCCCUGAUUCCUCUGUAUCAUCUUGUUCUCAGACUGAUCUGUCAUUUGAUUCUCAAGUGUCCCUUCCCAUUAGUGUUCACACCCAGACGCUUCUGCCCAGCUCUAAGGUAACUUCAUCUAUAGCCGCUCAGACUGAUGCAUUUAUGGACACUUGUUAUCAGCCAGGUGGGAUCUCCAGAGAAACCCAAACCAGUGGGAUGCAAAGUCCCACACGUGGCCAAGUACAGAUGGACCAAGCUGGAAUGUGCAGAGACAUUUUUGAGAGUGUCCAUUCAUCAUACAGUGUCCCUGCAGACACUAUUAUAAGCAGCAGCUUAGUAGCAGAGACAGUAGCUCGUGGUUUGUUACCUCAGAAUGACCCUAAGACUUUAAAUCAAGAUAUUGAGAAAUCUGCGCCCAUUUUGAGCUUUAGUGCACAGAAUAAUAUGCUUCCUUCACAGAACAUGACAGAUAAUCAGACCCAAACCAUAGACUUAUUAAGUGAUUUAGAAAACAUCUUGUCAAGUAAUCUGCCCGAUCAGACAUUGGAUAACCGUAGUCUUUUGUCUGACACAAACCCUGGGCCUGACACUCAGCUGCCAUCUGGCUCAACCCAGAAUCCUGGAAUAGAUUUUGAUAUUGAAGAGUUCUUCUCAGCUUCAAAUAUCCAGACUCAAACUGAAGAGAGUGAACUUAGCACCAUGAACACUGAGCCAGUCUUGGAAUCACUGGACAUAGAGACCCAAACUGACUUCUUACUUGCAGACACAUCUGUCCAGCCCUACGGGUAUAGGGGAAGUUCUCACUUCCUAGGCCUUGAGAUGUUUGACACGCAAACGCAAACAGACUUAAACUUCUUUUUGGACAGUAGCCCUCAUCUGCCCCUUGGCAGCAUCCUGAAACACUCCAGCUUUUCCAUGAGCAAUUCAUCAGACACAGAGACCCAAACUGAAGGAAUCUCCGCUGCUAAAAACCUAUCUGCCCUAGAGAGCAAAGUUCAGUUGAACAGUACAGAAACACAGACCAUGAGUUCAGGUUUUGAAACCUUGGGGAGCUUGUUCUUUACCAGCAAUGAAACUCAGACAGCAAUGGAUGACUUUCUUCUAGCUGAUUUGGCCUGGAACACGAUGGAAUCUCAGUUCAGCUCUGUGGAAACUCAGACAUGCGCCGAGCUGCACGCAGUCUCCAACUUCUAAAGGUGAAGUCCAGGUUGGAUGGUGUUUAUUAUUUCCUUCCAGAUUUAGAUAAUGGGAGCAGAGACAACAGUAUUAACUCUGUUGAAUGUAGCUGAUGAUGCAGUUGCUUAGAUUCUUUGCAGUUCUUUGCCUUUUGUACUUGUAAACACAAAGUUGUGUAUAAAU